UUCCCCUCCUUUUUCCCCAGAGCCCGGCUCAGCACUGGCUGCUGGUGGUGCUGGGGACUGAACCUGAGACCUCAGAGCUUGGGUGUGAGAGUCUUUGGCAGAAUCCUGUGCUGUCUCCCCAGCACUAUUUAUAUACUUAAAAACAAACAAAAACAGACAACUGAGGUAGACAGACAGGGGUGGGCUGAGUGGACAGUCCAGAAUGGAUGGCGGGGGUAGGCUGCAAGGAGGGUCCCCAGGUACAGCGGGAGGCCCUGAGGGCCCUGCCCAGCCUGUUGCUAUGAUGUACUGGGACCUGGGGCCAGAAGGGACGGGUCUUCACCUCUGACUUCCAGUGGGGCCGACAACACGGCUCAGUGUUUGUCAAGUGACCGGAUGGAGGGCUGAGUGGGUAGUAGGUGGCUGGGUGAUGGGAGGAGGCCAGUUGAGCAGUGAGUGGUGUGUGCGUGGCAGCAGCCCAUGCCCAGUUUUGAUGGGCCUCCGUCCAUCUCAGCAUCUUUGGCCUCUGUCCAACCCCCCCAGUGUCUCCAGCCUCCGUCCAGCCCCAGCAUCUCCAGCCUCUGUCCACCCCAGUGUCUCAAGCCUCUGUCCAGCCGAGCAUCUCCGGCCUCCGUCCAACCUCCAGCAGCUGCCCCAACUGGCCAGGAUGGUCCCCUUCUCGGGCACGGAGCUCCUGCUGGCCGCGGCCACCUUCUGCCUGGUGCUCUGGGCAGUGCGGGCCGGGCGGCCACGGGUCCCCCGAGGCCAGCAGAGCCCCCCGGGGCCCUGGGGCUGGCCGCUGCUGGGCCACGCGCUGUCCCUGGGCCGGGCCCCGCACGAGACGCUGGCGCGGCUGAGCCAACGGUACGGCCCGGUGCUGCAGGUGCGGCUGGGCCUCACGCCGGUGCUGGUGCUGGGCGGGCCGCACGCCAUCCGGCAGGCCCUGGUGCGCCAGGCCGACGCCUUCAAGGGCCGGCCAGCGCUGCACACCUUCUCGCUGGUGGCCGACGGCCAGAGCCUGACCUUCAGCCCCGACUCGGGCCCCGUGUGGGCGGCGCGGCGCCGCCUGGCCCAGAGCGCCCUGCGUGGCUUCUCGGGGGCGGCAGACCCGGGCGCAGCCUGCAGCCGACUGGAGACGCACGUGGCCCGCGAGGCCGAGGCGCUGGCCGCCAGGUUCCUGGCGCUCACGGAGGGGCCUGGCCGCUUCGACCCCUACGAACUGCUGGCCGAGGCGGCGGCCGGCGUGGUGGGCGCCGUGUGCUUUGGAGCCCGCUUCCCGAGGGGCAGCCCCGAGAUGCUGGCCCUGGUGCGUGGCAGCCAUGACUUCGUGGAGACGGCCGGCUCGGGCCACCCUGCCGACUUCCUGCCCAUCCUGCGCCUGUUGCCCAGCCCCAGCCUGCGCAGGUUCGAGGCCUUCAACCGGCGCUUCCUCGGCUUCCUGCAGCGGACAGCGCAGGAGCACAAGCGACAGUUCAACAAGGACUGUGUGCAGGACCUCGUGGGUGCCCUGCUAAAGCACAGCAUGGAGACUUCUGGCAGGCUGGUCCCACAGGCCCAGAUUGUCAACCUCGUCAAUGACAUCUUUGGGGCCGGGUUUGACACGGUCACCACGGCCCUGUCCUGGAGCCUGCUGUACCUGGUAACACAUCCUGACGUGCAGGAGAAGAUCCACAGGGAGCUGGAUGCUGUGGUGGGCAGGGCUCGCCGCCCCCGGCUGUCUGACAGGCCCCAGCUGCCCUACCUGGAGGCCUUCAUCCUGGAGACCUUCCGCCACUCGUCCUUCGUGCCCUUCACCAUCCCGCACAGCACCACGCGGGACACCACGCUGAACGGCUUCUACAUCCCCAAGGGGACCUGCGUCUUCGUGAACCAGUGGCAGGUCAACCACGACCCGGAGCUGUGGGGAGACCCGGGGGCCUUCCGGCCCGAGCGCUUCCUGGGCUCCGAGGGCCGCGUGGACCGGGCGCUAGCCGAGCAGGUGCUGCUGUUCGGGCUGGGCCGGAGGCGCUGCGUGGGGGAGGGGCUGGCGCGGGCCGAGCUCUUCCUCUUCCUGGCGCUGCUGCUGCACCGGCUGGGCCUGCGCGUGGCCGCGGGCGCGAGGGUGGACGCCAGGCCGGUGUACGGGCUGACCAUGAAGCUCGCGCGCUGCCCCUACUACCAGGCCUGGCCGCGCGCCUAGCGCCGCCCGAGAGGGCCCCCAGCAGACCCUGCCCCCACCAGCUUUGGGCCCAGGCCCUUCCUCACAGCGGCCCCAGCCCCCUAGAUGCCCAGCCCCAGCCCGUCUGCCCCUAGUCCCUGUGCCCAUGUAAUCAUGGAACAACUACCACAUAAAGUGCUCUCACAGGG